ACCAACCUUGAAUGAACGAAUCAAAACAGUGACAUCGACUGAAGACACUGUAGACAGACACACACUCCCAAGAAGAGUAAGCCAAGAUUGGACACGUUUGAGACACUUUUGGGACACUUGGGCAGUCUGGCCAAGGCGCGAAAGGGAUUGUCCCAAAGGAUCCAAGAAAGUGAGUGAGAGCCGCUUCCAACGCCAAGAGCCAGCCUCCACGCCCAUUGCUCGUUGCCUCCUCCUCCUGUGCCUCCUCUUUAAGAUCUCCUUACUUGACCUGACUGACCGGUUUUUUCCAUACAUGCCAUCCCUUAAUCGAGGGCGUGAGCCGUGCCCUCCAUUCUUCAUAUCCUAGUCCUCCUCGGCCCAUCUAUUCAUCCAUUCAUCCGCCCACCCACACCCAAAAUAUUCCUAUAUGACCGGUCCCGCGGGCGCUCCAUCCGGAUCAGAUUCGGACGAUUGGCAAACCAUCGAAACACCAACCACCCCCACCCGCCUCGUUCAGCCGGACCGAUCCGCCCACCAGCGUAGACGGGCCGUCCGCCACCCCAUUUUAGCCCCUGAAACACUGCGAGAGGGCCCCCGGUUUGAACGAGACGAGUUGGAGCACCACGACUCUUGGAGCCCACCCCCUCCACGAACCGAUCAUGCAAGGCCACUCACUCCUGCCUUUCCCCGUCUUGGAAAUUUGAAGACCUACGGCAAAUCAAGUCGGAAACUUAAACUCGACAUUAAAAGUUGCAAUCAGGGCGCGUCUAACUUCUGUGCAUCGAGCCCGCUUGAAUGUAGUGGGAUAUUUUUCCAAUUUCCCGAGGAUAUCUCUGCCAUUAAAGGACCUCGUUCAAAGACCCGUCGAUCCAUGCGAGCGAUACCAAUAAAGCCCAAGUCUGAUGUUUCCACUUUGUCCGAAACUAAGGAGGAUUGUGGAGAUGUAUUGAGUUAUUUAAACUCUCCACCGUCGUCACCAAUCCUAAAAGUAACCCGAGGAAUGUCUGCAAAGGUAGAGGACUCAAAACCUGAUUCUCCUGAUUGUAUUAUCACUCUCGAUGACGAUGACGAAGAAGAAGGCGAAAUCCCAGAUUACCGUGACUUUGAUGAGGGAAAUUUGGGACAAGAAUGUCUUUUGUACAAAAAUGAAAGCGUUACCUUAUACGAUUACCAGACGUUGAGCGAAGGGGAAUACAUAAAUGAUUCAAUCAUUAACUUUUAUCUCACAUACUUGUACGAGGAGAAACUCUCUCAGGCGGAAAAGAAGCAAAUCCACAUAUUCUCAUCUCAUUUCUUUUCAAAGCUUAACCAGCGUCUACGCAAAGAACCGAACUCUAUUCUCUCCCAAUCGGCUCGACGCCAUGAGCAAGUAAAGAAAUGGACGAAAAAAGUGGAUCUCUUCACCAAACGUUUGGUGAUCAUUCCUGUUUGUGAAGAGAACCAUUGGUACCUAAUCAUUAUUAGCAACCCAGGGUACAUCAAGUUACCCAAGGAAGCGCAAAUUAUUCAAGGUAAUCCGUAUUUCCUCGUGCUCGAUUCAUUGGGUGGCAACCAUGCCUCUGAUAUCUCCAAACUCCGAUCAUACUUGGGAUUUGAGUAUCUGGAGAAACACCAAAACCGUAUCUCUUUUGGGCGAGAGAAAAUGGUGGAGAUCGAGCCAGAUGUUCCACAACAAACGAAUUCCUGUGAUUGUGGCGUGUAUCUCCUUCACUAUGUGGAACUUUUGUUCAAAAAUCCGGGUCAGUUUUAUUGGGCCAAGAUGAGGGACUUAAGAUCUUGGUUCGCCGAGUCAGAGGUCCGACACAAACGAGAAUUCCUUGCCAGCCUUAUUCAAGAACUAGCUCUAAAGGCAAAUCCGAAUGUUGCCAAGUUUCCGAAUUUGAAAUUUGCUCGAAAACAGCGCUCUAGCAAGCAAGGGAAGAAAUGCAAUGUCAGCAAGUCAGAGGAGAGGACCACGGUCUCUCCACAACCAAGUCCUCCUCCUACGAGAUUCUCGGCUCGAUCCGCUAAAAUGGGGAAUCGGCCCGUAUACGAUGAACGCGAUGAUAAAGACGAGGCAGAGAGCGAGGAUGCGAAGGACAAUGCCGAUGACAACACCGAUGACGAUGAAAAUGCCGAUACCGAUGAUGACCAGCCUCUCUCUAACUUCAAGAAUGGUAGAGCAAGAAGCAACGAAAACUCUCCUCGUAUCUACACAAGGUCACUUCUUGAAAAUCUGGGUGCGACAAGCGACGAAGAAGAAAAUGACACCAAAGAAGAAGGCUCCCCUAGAAUUGUGACCGAAUAUAUGCAAGAAAAAGCAGGACCAUUGCCUGUUGUUAUCGUUCCAGAAGAAACUAAUCAUGAGGCCGAAGACACAAAAGAGACAGCAGCACUCGAUCCCGAUCCCUUGGAAGUUGUGACUGCUGAAACCAAUGGCGAAGAAAACUCAUUCAGUCCCUCGCACGCCAAUGAACUUUUCCUGUCGGAGGGAGAAUUAGAAGAGGAUGGACAAGAUUCGGAGAACGCAGACAAAAUUACAACUGAUGAAAAAGAUGCCAUAGCUAUAACCCUAGGAAGUUCAUCGAUUGAGUCAGAAUCCGAUUCAGAAAGCUUGUCACGGUCCAAAAAGUCGUCGAAAAAGAGCAAAAAGCGCAGCCGCUCUCAACGACCUGGGCGGAAGAAAAAGCGCAAAUCUGAGAAGCGGAAGAAGCUCCGACGUAGAGAGUCUUGCUCAGAUGAAUCCGAGGAUCGUUUCCGAAAACGAAAUGACCGUAGGAAAUCGCGUGAUAAGUCGAAAAGAUCGCCCUCGACCUCCGAAGAGAGUGCUCGGAGAUCGUCCCGACGAGCUAAGGAUACACGUUGGAAUUCAUUCAGAACCGCUCAAGGCUCUAAUUAUGACUCACUCAAAGUGAUGGUUGAGCAGAGUGAUUUACCCCGAGUGGUCACUUUAACAGAAGAUCGCCCCGCGACUCAUCGAAACGGAAGUGACCCCUUCAACACAUUUGACCAGACAAACUUAUUGCUUCAAGCUAACAAUGACAGCGACUCCUCUUUACUUCCCUCCUCGCUUUCGACUAAGAAACGCAAAAUGUCCCAUGAUAUCGAGGAAACCUUUUAUGCCAACCCGCCUCUCAGUCGACCGGUUCAAGUUGAAACCGAAGACGAGGUGGAAGAGGUAGCCCAAAUUAGGCCUCGGAAGUUUCGCUUGCAAAGACGAAAUCUUUAGUGCUUAUUACAUUCUCAUAGAUCUGACAAUAAACCAGUGGCGUCCAAUUCGUUGAGAGGGUCUCCAGAACUUUGCGAAUGAAAUAACCCGUUUUUAUUUCAA